UGCUCUCUUGCCAGUUGCCACCUUUGGUUAGUCGUGUCUGCUCCUCCCAGCCCUAUAAAUACACCCAGGAGCUCCAUUGUUUCUUGCCUCCUAGAGCUACCUCUUGCUGCUAGCUAUUGCGACCACGCGCCAAGAGACUCUCUGAAUCAAGAGGCUCUCAGCCGACCAGUCCAAGGCUCCCGCAUCGACCGAUCAUGCCGACGAACAUGAUCUCCAACAGGGUGCUUGAGAAGGAUGUCCUUCCACUGGAUGUUGAGCCUCCUGCAAAGAGGGGACCAGCCUCGCGGACGAGCGUGCGUCGCAAUCCAAACAUGGAGAAGCUUCAGAACGGCUACUUAUUCCCGGAGAUUAGCAUGAGACGUGAAGCACACGAGAAGAAGUACCCGGACGCCAAGGUCAUCAGCUUGGGCAUCGGGGACACGACCCAGCCCAUACCAAGCAUCGUCACUUCGGCCAUGGCCGAGUACGCGCUUGCGUUAUCAACUCCCGAAGGGUACCAAGGCUAUGGGCCAGAGCAAGGCCAGAAGAGUCUGAGGAAGGCCAUCGCUGACGUAGUGUACCCAAACAUGGGGAUACGAGACACCGAGGUGUUCAUCUCCGACGGAGCGCAGUGCGACAUUGCGCGCCUUCAGAUGAUGUUCGGGCGGGACGUGACCAUCGCCGUGCAGGACCCCACGUUCCCGGGGUACGUGGACAACGGCGUGAUCAUGGGGCAGACGGGGCCGGCGGCGGUCGACGAGGAGUCCGGCGGCAGCCGGUACGCCGGGAUCGAGUACAUGCGGUGCGCGCCGGAGAACGCCUUCUUCCCGGACCUCUCGCGCGUCCGCCGCACCGACGUCAUCUUCUUCUGCUCGCCCAACAACCCCACGGGCCACGCCGCCUCCCGCGACCAGCUGCGGCAGCUCGUCGACUUCGCGCGCCGCAACGGCUCCAUCGUCGUCUUCGACUCCGCCUACGCCUCCUACGUCUCCCCCGGCGCCGGCGGCGACGACGGCGACAAGCCGCGGUCCAUCUACGAGGUGCCGGGGGCGCGGGAGGUGGCCAUCGAGAUCUCCUCCUUCUCCAAGUUCGCCGGGUUCACGGGGGUGCGGCUGGGGUGGGCCGUGGUGCCCGACGAGCUGCUCUACGCCGACGGCACCCGCGUGGCCCGGGACUUCGACCGCGUGGUGACCACCUGCUUCAACGGCGCGUCCAGCGUGGCGCAGGCGGGCGGGCUGGCGUGCCUGGCCACGGAGGAGGGCCGCGCCGCCGUGGCGCGCGUGGUGGCCGGGUACAAGGAGAACGCGCGGGUGCUGGUGGGCACCUUCCAGGCGCUGGGCAAGGAGGUGUACGGCGGCGACGACUCGCCCUACGUCUGGGUGCGCCUCUUCCCCGGCCGCCGCUCCUGGGACGUGUUCGCCGAGAUCCUCGAGAAGACGCACGUCAUCACCGUGCCGGGGAGCGGCUUCGGCCCCGGCGGCGAGGGCUUCGUCAGGGUCAGCGCCUUCAACAGCCGGGACCGGGUCGUCGAGGCCUGCGCCAGGCUCACCAGCUUCCUCGCCUGAACCCUCCGUCGACCGUCGUACGUCUCGUAUCGUGCAGUGGCGCAGCACCUUUUUGCUUACUCAUUCAUGCAUACGCACGCACGUUCGUACAAUAACGCUGCGAGAUACGACGACGCGUUGACACGUGAGGAUACAUACAGGCUCGUGCUGAUCAACUACGUUUAUGUACUGGACAAUCAUAUAUGUAUGCUCUAAUGAGAGUGCUCAUUGGUUAAUAUACGGAUGGAACAAUAAUGGGAACAUAUAUAUGGUCUAAAUAAACGCACUCGUGUUCUCAAA